AUGGCGCUCGCGCGGGCAGCCAGGAUCAUUCUGGUCGGCGCACCAGGUGUCGGAAAGGGCACGCAGACUGAGCGCUUGAUCAAACGCUUCCCAGAAUUGUCAUCAAUUAGUUCUGGUGACUUACUGAGGAAGAAUGUGAGGGAACGGACCCCUCUCGGUAUCCAGGCCGAGGCCAAGAUGAAAACUGGCGAACUUGUUCCGGAUGCUAUGAUCCUGCGACUCAUCGUCAACGAGCUCACCACGCGAGGAUGGAUACAGGACAACACCCUUCGACCGUACUCGGUUUAUUCGAGUUCAACGGGCAUGGAUGAGGACCCAACCGUCGAUUCAGUACUCAUCCCCUCUCAAUUCCGCGCUGCAAAAUAUCAGAUCACUGAUGACCCGUCCGCGUCCUUCAUACUGGACGGCUUCCCGCGGACAGCAACUCAAGCUGUGCAGCUUGACGGAAUAGUGCCCAUAAAUCUCGUCGUCAACAUUCAGACCCCGCCAGAGGUCAUCAUUGAGCGGAUAUGCAAUCGCUGGGUCCACGAGCCGUCAGGGAGGGUAUAUAACACGACGUUCAACCCACCUAAGGUCGAGGGCAAGGAUGACGUGACAGGUGAAGCCCUCACAAGACGCGCAGACGAUGAUCCAGAAGUGUGGAAGGCGCGGUUGAGACGCUUCAAAGAGACGAACGAAAAUCUAUUGGAACAUUACGAUAAACACGGCGUGUUGUGGACCGUGAAUGGCAACAGCAGCGACGAGAUUUCACCGCAGCUGUUCAGUGAGUUUGGCAAGCGGUUUGGCGCUGUGGGCAACUAG